AGAGGAGCUGUGCCUGGUACAUGGAAGCCAGCGCCAGCGGCCGCCAUGGCGUCGCGCAUCGGGCUGCGCAUGCAGCUCAUGCGGGAGCAGGCGCAGCAGGAGGAGCAGCGGGAGCGCAUGCAGCAGCAGGCCGUCAUGCACUACAUGCAGCAGCAGCAGCAGCAGCAGCUGGGGGGGCCGCCCACCCCGGCCAUCAGCACCCCCGUCCACUUCCAGUCUCCACCCCCUGUGCCCGGGGAGGUGCUGAAGGUGCAGUCCUACCUGGAGAACCCCACCUCCUACCACCUGCAGCAGUCCCGGGACCAGAAGGUGCGGGAGUACCUGUCCGAGACCUACGGGAACAAGUUUAAUGCGCACAUGAGCCCCGCCCAGGGCUCCCCGAAGCCCCUGCCAGCCGCCUCCCCGGGGGUGCGGGCUGGCCACGUGGUGUCCUCCUCAGCGGGCAACAGUGCGCCCAACAGCCCCAUGGCCAUGCUGCACAUCGGCUCCAACCCUGAGAGGGAGUUCGACGUCAUCGACAACAUUAUGUGUCUGGACGACGUCCUGGGCUUCAUCAAUCCUGAGUCUCAGAUGCCCAACACGCUGCCGCUGUCCAGCAGCCACCUGAAUGUGUACAGUGGUGACCCUCAGGUCACAGCCUCCCUGGUGGGUGUCACCAGCAGCUCCUGCCCAGCUGACCUGACCCAGAAGCGUGAGCUUACAGAUGCUGAGAGCCGGGCCCUGGCCAAGGAGCGGCAGAAGAAGGACAAUCACNCUUUAGUUGAAAGGAGACGGAGGUUCAACAUUAACGACCGCAUCAAGGAGUUGGGAAUGCUGAUCCCGAAGGCCAACGACCUGGACGUGCGCUGGAACAAGGGCACCAUCCUCAAGGCCUCUGUUGAUUACAUCCGGAGGAUGCAGAAGGACCUGCAGAAGUCCCGGGAGCUCGAGAACCACUCUCGGCGCCUAGAGAUGACCAAUAAGCAGCUCUGGCUGCGAAUCCAGGAGCUGGAGAUGCAGGCUCGAGUGCACGGCCUCCCCACCACCUCCCCGUCCGGCAUGAACAUGGCCGAGCUGGCCCAGCAAGUGGUAAAGCAGGAGCUGCCUAGCGAGGAGGGCCCGGGGGAGGCCCUGCUGUUGGGGGCCGAGCUCCCCGACCCUGAGUCACUGCUGGCUCUGCCACCCCAGACCCCGCUGCCCCCGCAGGCCCAGCCACCCCAGCCGCCGUCCCCAUUCCACCAUCUGGACUUAAGCCACAGCCUGAGCUUCGGGGGUGGGGGCGACGAAGGGCCCCCCGGCUACCCUGAACCGAUGGGGCAAGAGCCCGGCCCCCUGUUCCCCAACCUGUCCAAGAAGGACCUGGACCUCAUGCUCCUGGACAACUCCCUGCUGCCGCUGGCCUCCGACCCCCUCUUCUCCACCAUGUCCCCUGCGGCCUCCAAGGCCAGCAGCCGCAGGAGCAGCUUCAGCAUGGAAGAGGGCGACGUGCUGUGACCCCGGGACGGGCAGGCCUGGGGGCUGCGAGGGCAGGGCCGCCUCCCUCCCCCCUUCAGGCUGCACUUGUGUGUGAAGUAGCCACCUGCCCUGCCUCACUUCUCCCUUCGGCCCCUCGUUUGGACUUAGUGCCCGCUUGGCAGCCUGUGGGGUCGGGAGAAGCCCCCACCCGGCUCAGUACUCCCGGGGGCAGCCCUCUGAUGGGCUGGGCAGGAGGAGGUCGUGAACCUGGCCCCAGGGGUGCGCUGGAGGUGAGAGGAGGCCCUGGAGGGUCCUGUCUUCCGAGCCUGAGCUCCCACCCCACCAGUGAAGGACUCAUUGGAGCAGGGGGUUCAGCAAGUUCCUUCUCUGAAGCAGUGACUGGUCCAGGGGGAGCCCCAGCCUGCUUUUCUGGGACUCAGAUGGCAACAAGCCCAUCCUCCAGCCUGGCUGCCCCCCUCACACAGGUGGGGCGCCCCCAGCCCCCCUUUGGUGCUAACAGCUCUCCGCCAGGCGGUGUGAGGGCGGGGGUGGCCGGCAGAGGGUGCCGGGUUCAG